CCGUUGAGUAAUACAUGCGUUGCACCGAAAACAUCUGCAAGUGGAAGCUCGCUGCCGAUUACUGAUACCUACGAUACGCCAAAAUGAGGAUCAACGUCCUGACAACUUUUCUUUUCACUGGGAUUUUGUGCCUGACCUUCGGACAAAGAAAUGAUUCAGCGGCGAGUAUCGUAUAUAGAAAUGCACUACAGGUCGUGAGAGAUGUGAUUAUGAUGGUGACUAAUGAAAGCAUGAUCAAAGACCUGGGACUAAUCAAAAACUUUACGAAGGAAGCGUGCUCAACGAAUGGUCAAACCUGGAAGGAAGAAGAAGCAACGAGCAGCCUAGAAAACGCCACAAAAUGUAUCAACGAUGUAUUGAAGUCGAAUAUGAAAACCGCCCGCGAAACGUACAAAGGCAGUUCCCUACUGGAUACUAGUAUUGAGCACUACGUAAGAAGUUAUUGUCCAAGCAGAAUAACUCUCGAAAGAUGUAUGAAAGAAUAUUCCAAGUCCUUCGAGCAUUGCGUGGAUUCGCAACAACUCAAAACUAUCGAGAUAAUCGGUAAAUUUUCAACAUCCACGCUCGAAUUCGUCUGCGAGAAUGACGCCAAGAUGUUUAAGGAUUUGUGUAUCAAUGCAGGCGUGGAAUGUUAUAAUUCGAUUAACGAUCCCGAGAAAUGUUGGCCUGCACUGACUACCGGAAUCAAUACUUUAGAAACUUACAAUUUCACUCUGGUUUGGAAUGACGCAACAUGCUCGGAACUGAAAUCCGCCUACAAUUGCAUCAUCGAAAAGAUACCAAACUGUAGGAGCCAUCAGAUAACUGUAACUUUCGUCAGAGGUCUAUUCGACGUGUAUCUGGAAAACUUACGCUGCAGGAAUUCAAGUAAUUCAUCGACUAAGCCAAUUCGGACAGACGCAUCCGGAAGACCAAUUGAAAAGGAAGAAGAAGAAAAAGAGAAAGAGGAGAAGCUUAAAAUGGAAGAAAAAAAAUCAAAUAAUUCACAGACAUUACCAGUUAUUAGCAUCAGCGCUCUCUUCUCGACUGCAAUGAACCUGACGAUGACGAUAAAAAAAUAG